GGGGGGAACGUGGGGACCACCAAAACGGGCGCAAUGUUGAAGAGAAGGGAAGCUGUCCUCAAGUUGUUGAGCUUUUAUUAAAGUGAACAAGCAAAAUCUGUGGAAACUAAAAAUGGCUUUACUCCUCAUGUUUGUCACCCUUCUGCAUCUCAUCACACUGGCAAUGCUGUUUAUUGCAACUAUGGAAAAGACCUGGUGGGUGUGGGAUGACUCAAAACUUUCAGACCUGUGGUACAACUGUAGGCUGGACAACUCCACAGAAACCUGGUUGUGUACAUCUACCAAAGAAACGGUGUGGCUUCAUGCAGUGCAGGUCCUCAUGGUUCUCUCGGUGGUCUUCUCUGCUGUCUCCUUCUUUGUGUUCUUGGGCCAGCUGCUCACCAUGUCUAAGGGUGGACUCUUCUACUUCACUGGACURUGUCAAGUCUUUGCAGGUCUGACAGACUUUUCUGCUGCACUCAUCUACACACUCCACAAUAAGGACAUUCUUUGGGACUCACAAAAACUGUUUUCGGGAUACUUCGGCUACUGCUUCAUCCUGGCCUGGGUGUGUGUUCCUCUGUUGUUGUGCAGCGGCAUCAUAUACAUCCACUUGCAUAAGAAAGAGUGACCAGACAAAGGACAAGCGCAAUCAGCUGCAGCAUCGGCAAUGAAAUGACUGACGUGGCGUCACUGUUUUAUAUUGAAAAAAAGAGUUUCAAAGAAACAUCAYGGCUUAUAUGAUGUAUGCACAUGCUUGAGCUUCAGAUAAUAAGACUGUUGGUAUGAGUUACUUUUCCUGACACUCACCUUGAUUUGAUUUUUCAACGAUUUGAGAUGAUUGUGACACUCAUCCUUGUAUUAGGCCUACUGUUUUAUCUUCUGCUGUAAUUAUAUGUAACCAAUGAAGACGAAUAACCAACAUGUCAUUUCCUCUAGUAACGAUGUCCUUAUGUUGUUGUCCUCAUAAAACUUUUUCAUGUAAACUAAUUAAAAAUAUUUAUAUUUUUGUACCACAAGCUAAUACUGUAUGUAGAAUGUAUAUUUGCAAAAAUCUCAAAUAAAUGUCUCAAAAACCUUGAAA